AUGGAGAGCAUCUUCCUAAGCUCAGUCAGCUUGGGUAUCCUGGUGGAAAAGGAAAUUGUGGUGCGCAUAGAAGACAAGGCCAAAGGAGACUCGACACCGUCUCACCCAUCCUCUGUUGCAUCUGUCGUUCGCUCUAUCUCCAACUUGACGAGGGAAACGAAAACAUCUGAGCUGCGUGAGACGACCUCGUCUCUGCCAUCUGGCAAGAUGCUUGCUCGUCCUAACGUCAGCGAGGAUUGUCGAAAAGACCUCGUAGCCUUCUUUCACGGGCCUCCACCUCCGGGAAAUUUCAUGUCAAUACCUGACGAUGCGAGCAUUUCUUCGGCUGAUGGUAAAUGGGGCGUCUUUAAAGUCUUUCGCAAGAAGAGGAAGCGCAGAAAACGCCGCCAACCACCACUUAUCAGGCUUCCAGACUCAGCUGUUUCCGCUAGAACCACCGAUGGCCACCGAUACAUCGCCAUCUCGAUCCCGACAAACUAUUCAAAUGUUAGCAACGUCCCUAUACAACGUCCGAAAAUCGAUAAUCUAGCGCGUAGAUCGACUUUUGAUCCUCGCAGAAACACGCUCAAGGCCGUCGCUGAAGAUCACGAAUCAUCGUCCACUAUCUCUAUCGUAACAAAGUCGGCAACGCAACAGGAAGCAAUUACCGAAUUGGCACCUCCCCCUAGAAAGGUUUCUCUGCUUUCAACGGUAACCUCGCAGGCUUCUCAAGAAGACAUAUCUCUCAAGAAAGGAAAAGAGCUAGAAAAACCAGAGAAUGCCACAGUCCGCCCAGCACUGUUGUCCCCUUUAAUAUCUGAUAGGACAUCGUAUAUCACCAACCGGCAAUCUAAGUCUCCUUUGCGGGACCAAACACCACAGCUUGAGCAGCAGAAGACUUCAGAGUCCACUGAGCCCGGAACUGACAAGGUCCCUCGCGUAAUUGAGAUCGCACCAAAGAAAAUUAAGAAACCAGCUCAGGCCAACGAGUCAUCUACCUACGAUAAUCGUGUAGCACCGCAAAACGACUCAAAGAGUACCAGUAAAUCAGCUGGGCGCCCACGCUUUCUAUUAGCAAAUUCUUCAAGUGCUUUGACGUUGCCAGUCCGAACUUCAAGUAGACGGGCUACACUAACUUUUUCUGAGCGAAAUGAGGGCGUCAAUAUUGUCAACCGUCAGCCUAUGUUAUUGACCGCCAACUCAGAUAAUGAUGACGGGAAUGAGCGAGCAACGGGCCCGUGCAGCUCGGUUGCCGAGAGUCUAAAGACAACGGAAUCAUCGCCCAGGCUCUUGAAGGCGCAAACAGCUACGGCGUACCAAUCCGUCCCCAUAGUUGUACGGCCACCUUCUCACCCGGAAGCCGAGUCCCCUCUAAAUCUCAAUUUCCCAACACCACCUUCAAAUAACUCAAUCAGGGGCAACAGCUCGGAACACGUGGAGCUUUUAUCGCCUCCUACAGUAGCCAAGGUGGUUUCGAAUCGCAAAGAUCGGGUGCGGGAGCGGAAGCGGAAAGAUAUGGAGAAGUUGAAAGCUCAGUUGCGCCAGGUUAAGGCUCCAGUAUUAGGAGUACCACCUGGUAAUGAUUGGCCAGAAUCCCCUGUACUCGGCCGAUUUGGUCACAAUAUAGGCUCGUCUUCGUCUUCGAGGCCGUAUUUGACAGCUAAAAUGUCAGAAAUUGGUCCUAUCCGGCCCGGUCUGCAUCUGAAAUCGCCUUACUUGUCGCCUGAAGCUGCCAUUAAGAAACGCCAUGGAAGAAGUGCGAGUGUCCCAGUUAUGACAAGUUCAUCAUCACCAUCCCCGCUGGAAUCACCGAUGCCCUGGAAAGGUAGCACAGCUUAUUAUCGUCGAAGGGAAAAACAGGCAGAACAAGAUGAGAAAGAAGCUAAAGUGCGGAGGGAAAAGUAUGCUGCUCAAGCGCUAGCGGAGGAGGCAGAGCUUCGUGAUAAAAUCGCAUACCAGAAGCUCCUCCGGCGGUACGAGAAGCUAAAAGAAAGCCGCACUAAAGACAUGGAGAAACGUCUGCACCGGCUAGAGCGAAACGGCGAGGUUCUGAUGCAGUCAAUGGUAUCCCUGAUGGACACUCUUAAUAGACUGCUGCAGGAUCAACAUCAAAAUCCCCUGCGGCGAAGUGCUACCGUUCGUCCUACAACUAGUUCUGCCCCGCGUCCGCGCAGACGACAUCGCGAAACUGUCCCAGGACGCGCCCAAUCCUUAAGGUCCAUACGUAGCUAUGAUAAUCUACGCGAAAUCCUGCGGACUGGGCUAAAACAGAGCGCGACGCGCCUCCCUAGACACAGCUCACCAAGCCCACAUCCAGCCGAGCGGGAAGGUGAAGGCCAGGGAAGAAAGGAGAAUGAUGCUAUGGACACACGUGUCAGCGAAUCAGCCUUGGAAGCAUUACAGGAACAUCUGCGAUCACAAUCUGACAAAAUCGCCAGAGGUUCCGGCAUCUCAAGCCACUCUCGCGCUAGUAGUAACGGUCAUAGUAGCGAGGUAGAUAGCGUUGAAGUUAUGGAACCACUCAUGCGCGAGCUGCAGGAGGCGGCGAGACAACCAGAGAUGGAGGGGGAGAGGACGCCUUUUACAGAGACCGAGAUCUUCAACCUCUUCUAA